AUGUCCAGAGCAAGAUCUUCAUGUAAGAAUCAAGGUGGAGAUCUAGUUCUUCCACAAAACUCUCAAGAACAUAACGCUAUCUGGAAAGUUGUGAAAGAAAAGAAAUUUACUCAUCCUUGGAUCGGCUUGAUAGAGCAACAGAGAGAUAAAUUUUAUACCCUAGAUGGGAAAAUACCAUCGUAUACAAACUGGGGAUCCAACCAACCAGAUCUCGGUGGAAAUGAAAACUGCGUGAUUUUUUAUGGCAACGAAAAUGGGAAAUGGCAUGAUACCUCAUGUAAUAAUAACUUUCAUUAUAUUUGCCAGAAGAAAACAAUGCGCAAAUGUAAGUGUACAGUUUUAUUUACUUUGUCGAUUAAUUAAGAAAUUUCAAAAGAAAUUAAAUAACAAAUGAAUGUUAAAUCAAUAUCUGUAACUCGCGCACAGAUUUUGUCCUCAUGAUUUACAAAUAUUAAAACUUUAGCGGUUUUUAUUUUCUCGAUUAAUGCUAACCAUAUCGGCAAAAUAAUCGGUAAACUUUAUAACUUAGAUGCAUUUGUACAAUAUUUGCAGUGAGAAAAUUGAAUUAAAGUUUAUGUAAAUCAACAUGAUUCUGUAUCAGAUAUACAAACUCCUCCACGCUCAUAAUUAAUUUUAUUUGACUCAACUUAUUUCGAAAAGUUCACAGUAAACUGCAUGAUAAAUAAACGAAUAGCAAAAGUUUGAAUAUCAUAUCUGCAUGGAUUAUUAGUAAUCUGCAUGGAUUAUUAAUAUAGAGGGAUAGGAAACUUGCUGACGUCAGCAACUCAACCUAGUUGAAAAUUCUAAUAAUAAGACGUCACAUCAAAACAAUCAUUUUGCGCGAGAUAUAUCCAAAAUUUCAAAACGGAGGUACAGGAUGUUUUUGAGAAGUGGGAUGAAAGUAUUAUAAUGGAUAUGGAACAAAUUGAAGGCGUUGUUAGCAGGGAGGAAAAGAAGAGCAAUAUGUGCGAGAACGACAAUGAAAGCGAUGUAGAAACAGACUUGGGAGACGAAGAUGAAAACGAAGAAGAUAAACAUUCAUUACACUGUAAAAAAUGUAGAAAAAUUUAUCGAUUUAAGUCAUGA